AGGUCCUCGGUGCGGUGAUCUGCGCGCAGCGAGCCGGUGGCCCAGGUGUCUGGGGUCCCCGAGCCCGGGAGCAUGAUUGUGGACAAGUUGCUGGACGACAGCCGCGGCGGAGAGGGGCUGCUGGACGCGGCCGGCGACUGCGGCCUCAUGACCAGCCCGCUCAACCUGGCCUACUUCUACGGCGCCUCGCCGCCCGCCGCCGCCCCGGGCGUCUGCGACGCCGGCUGCUCUUCGUCGGGGCCCUCGGCGCCCGGCUCGCCCGGCUCCGACUCCUCCGACUUCUCCUCCGCCUCCUCCGUGUCCUCCUGCGGGGCUGUGGAGGCCCGGGCGAGAGGCGGCGCCCGCGCCGAGCGCCCGCCAGUUGAGCCUCAUAUGGGGGUUGGCAGGCAGCAGAGAGGACCCUUUCAAGGUGUUCGAGUGAAGAACUCAGUGAAGGAACUCCUGCUGCAUAUCCGAAGUCAUAAACAGAAGGCUUCUGGCCAAGUUGUGGAUGAUUUUAAGACACAAAGUGUGAACACUGAGCAAUUCACAGAAUUGAAGAAUACAGUAUCAUAUAGUGGGAAAAGAAAAGGACCUGACUUUUUGUCUGAUGGACCAGCUUACAAAAGGCCAGCUCCAUUGCAUACCCAGUUUUUGACACCACCUCAAACACCAACACCUGGUGAGAGCAUGGAAGAUGUUCAUCACAGUGAAUCCAAGCUGGACAGCAGUGCUGAUCUGCUUCAGAGUAUUAUAAACAUUAAAAAUGAAUGCAGCCCAGUGUCCCUGAACACAGUCCAAGUUAGCUGGAUGAGCCCUGUACCUCAGAGCUCCCCUAGGGAGCAGUGUCAAGACUUCCAUGGAGGGCAGGUCUUCUCUCCACCUCAGAAAUAUCAACCUUUCCAAGUCAGCAGCUCCCCACAAGUGAUGGACCAGGCUUCCAUGUACCAGUAUUCUCCACAGCACCAGAAUGUAGAGCAACAGCAGCACUUUACCCACAACCCAACUCUGGAAUACAGUCCUUAUUCCAGAACUUCCCAGUCCCCCAACUAUGAACCAAACCCCUUUGAUGGUCACGAACCACAGUUCUGCUCAAACCAAAGUUUUGUAUCCCUUCUAAGUGGUCAUGGGGAAUCUGAGAAUACUGCUGUUCCCAUUCACACUUCCUCCAGUGUCCAGCAACAAAGUGAUGCUCAUCUGCAGAACUUCCCCGUGAUGCCCAACAGUGCCUGUGAGGCCAUGGGGGCACAUGAUGCAGGGUCCACCUCUUUAAACACCUCACAGCCGUUUCAGAAUAUCAUCGGAAAUCCAAUGAACACCACACAGUUAGGGAAGUCUUUUUUCCAGUGGCAAGUAGAGCAGGAAGAAAGCAAAUUGGCAAAUAUUUCUCAAGACCAGUUUCUUUCAAAGGAUGCUGACGGUGACACGUUCCUCCAUAUUGCUGUUGCCCAAGGGAGAAGAGCACUUUCCUAUGUUCUCGCACGAAAGAUGAAUGCACUUCACAUGCUGGAUAUUAAAGAGCACAAUGGACAGAGUGCCUUUCAGGUGGCAGUAGCUGCCAAUCAGCACCUCAUCGUGCAAGAUCUGGUGAACCUGGGGGCCCAGGUGAAUACCACAGACUGUUGGGGAAGAACACCUCUGCAUGUCUGUGCUGAGAAGGGCCACUCCCAAGUGCUACAGGCAAUCCAGAAGGGAGCAGUGAGGAGUAAUCAGUUUGUGGAUCUUGAGGCAACUAACUAUGAUGGCCUGACUCCACUCCAUUGUGCGGUUAUAGCCCACAAUGCUGUGGUACAUGAACUUCAGAGAAAUCAACAGCCUCAUUCACCUGAAGUUCAAGAGCUUUUACUGAAGAACAAAAGUCUGGUUGAUACCAUUAAGUGUCUGAUUCAAAUGGGAGCAUCAGUGGAAGCAAAGGAUCGUAAAAGUGGCCGCACAGCCCUGCAUUUGGCAGCAGAAGAAGCAAAUCUGGAACUUAUUCGUCUCUUUUUGGAGCUGCCCAGUUGCCUGUCAUUUGUGAAUGCAAAGGCUUACAAUGGAAACACUGCCCUCCAUGUUGCUGCAAGCCUGCAGUAUCGGGUGACACAGUUGGAUGCAGUCCGCCUGUUGAUGAGGAAGGGAGCAGAUCCAAGUACUCGGAACUUGGAGAAUGAACAGCCAGUGCAUUUGGUUCCUGAUGGCCCUGUGGGAGAACAGAUCCGACGAAUCCUGAAGGGAAAGUCCAUUCAGCAGAGAGCACCACCAUAUUAGCUCCAUUGACCUGGAGCCUAGUCAGCAACACUCACUGUCAGUUAGGCAGUCGUAAUGUAUCUGUACAUAGACCAUUUGCCCUGUAUUGGCAAAUGUAAGUUGUUUCUAUGAAACAAACAUAUUUAGUUCACUAUUAUAUAGUGGGUUAUAUAAAGGGAAAGAAGAAAAAUAUCUAAUUUCUCUUGGCAGAUUUACAUAUUUCAUGCCCAGGUAUCUGGGAUCUAUACAUCUGAAUUUGAUCUGAAUGUUAAAAUUGCCUUCAAUUAACAGUAGCUUUUGAGUAGGGAAAGACUUUGAUUUGUGGCAUAAGGCAUUGCUCAUGUAGCUAUUGCCAGUUUCAGAUAAACUGUACACAUUUCUUUAAGAAAAAUAAAAGCAUUUGAAAGGAAAAACAAAUUUGGAUAUGGUGUUGAGGCUUCUGUUAGCCGCUGUAGUGCCCAGUAGUUACUACUGGUAUUGACAAGUCUCUAGUCAUUGGACUAGAUGGAAGGUAUGUGUGCUUAGGACUUGAUCUUUGCAAACUGUAUAUAGUUGUUAUUUUUAUCUUUAAAAUAUUGUACAUAUUUGGUCAUUAACAUGGACGUAUGAAAUGAGCAAACCAAUAAAGUAGAAAAGAAUGAGUGAAUUGUCGCUACUUUUUAAAAUUACCACAUUUAUAGGCGCUGUUACUGUGUAAUCACCCACCUAAAGUCUUUGCAAAUAAGGAAUUGGAGAGCUGGAGUGAAAGAGCUGUGUUUGAAUUACAAAUAUGCUUCUUCCCAUGCGCACUGAAAUGAGACAUUAUUUGUAGGUUAUUGUAUGCUCUUGGAGAGAACCUCCUAUGGCUCAUCUUCUAGACUUUAUGAAUUACAUGUUCUGUUAAAAUUUUUGUUAUCUUUAUAGAAACAACAAAAUUCGAAAAGAUAUCGAAACAUAUCUUACUGUUUCCUAUUAUCCAAUAAUAAUAAUGUGGUGUAAUGUCAUAUUCUCAGAGAAGGGUUUUAUUUUUUUAAAUAACAUUAAUUCUUUAACAUUAUUUUGUUUAUAUCUACUAUGCCCCAAGGAAUGUAUUUAGCUUUGAUUGCACACUAAUUGUUUAUGACAAAUAAGACUCAUUGAAAAGCCUUUUUAUUUAAAUGAUGUCUUAUAAGUGACUGUCUUAUUGUUUGUAGCUUAAGUACUUAAGUUGUUUAAAAGAAUUGAUCCCAUUGUUUGAUCUAGUAUGUCUUAUGGAGAAGUUAGGUAUAGUCCCUUGGUAUCUGUAAAUAUGGUAUGAUGAAAACCAGUCUAUUCACACUGGAAAAUUUGCAGUUUUAAAUAAACAUUAAUACAUUGACAUUAUUUGUCUUAAAGAUAUGCAUUUCUUUUCCUAGUACGUUAAUUGUGUAUAGAAAAGU